UGUUGGUUAAUUAAUUAAACAAAUUUAAUCUACAAAUUCUAAUAAUUCUAAUUUACAAUUUCUGUUAUUAUUGUUAUUAUUAUUAUUUUUAUUAACAUUCGAAUGUGAUCAGUGAUUUACAGUUGAAAUUGCAUUGUGUUGAAACGGAAAUUCAGUAACUACAUAGGUUAAGAAUGACAGGUUUUGGGUUUAACGCACCUACGUCUUCCAGUUUUGGAAUGAAUACUCAAACGACUGCUAGUCCAUUUGGGUUUGGUUCUACUACAUCAACUGUAGCACCGUCAUUUGGAUUUGGUUCUACUACUACAUCGAGUUCUCAAGCUUCUUCUUUUGGUUUUGGAGCUUCCACAACUAGUGCAGCUCCAACAUUUGGAUUUGGAGCAGCUGCUACUACUGCAGCACCAACAUUUGGAUUUGGUACAGCUGCAGCCACUCCAUCAUCACAAUCAAUUUUUUCUGGUUUAGGGCAGUCACAACCUACUGCAUCAGUUGCUUCUUCAUUUGGAGGGUUUGGUUCGUCAUUUGGAGCCAAGCCAUUUGGUACGACAGUAGCAACUACAUCACCAUUCAAUUUAACUACUCCUUUUGCUCAAGGUAAUGCUGCUCAACAACCACAACUACAGCAACAACAACCUCCUCCUAAUGCUAAUGAUUUAGUAAUUAAUUCAAUUGUAAAUUGUAAAUUAUUUGGAGAUGAAAGAGAUCAAGUUAUUUGUAAACUCAACUUGUUGCAAGCUUGUUGGGGUACUGGAAAAGGAUUUUAUGGAUUGAAUAUGCCACCUGUUGAGUAUACUCCUCAAAACCCACUCUGCCGUUUUAAAGCUAUUACUUACAGUGUGAAACCAACAUCAUCAAGUAGAGAUGCACUUGUAGCAAUAAAUAUUAACAAAAAAAUAGAUGAAAUAAGAAAACAAGAAGUACAGUUAACAUCUAAUUUAUUUGCGGUAUUGGGAAGUAAACCAAAUUUAAGUGUACAUUUAGAUACAUUAAAAUGGUACACAGAAUCAAAAUCAAUGGCUUUAAUAUAUGUAGAAGAAAAACUUCAAAAUGGAAGCACCAAACGAAUUUCUAAUAUGGAUAUAAUUAACUAUCUAAUGCAACCAGGUCCCAAGCAGCAAUUAUCAAGUAUGGGUAUAGAAAAUAUAUUUCCAUAUACUGGUUUUACUGAAGAAAAUCUACGUGAAUAUUAUGAAAAUCCACCUGCUGGAAUUGAUUUACGAGUCUGGAAACAAGCUCAAACAGAUAAUCCAAAUUCAGCAGUAUUCAUUCCAGUGCCAAUUGUUGGUUUUUCAGAGUUAUGUCGGAAAUAUAAAUGCCAUAAUGAACAAGUUACAGUACAUAAGUUAACACUUAACACUAUUGCAGAAAGAUUAUCUGAGUUAGCUAGGAAAAAAACCAGAGUAGAAUCUAAGCUCGAACAAUAUUCAGAUAAAAUGGAUCAAUUAACACACAGGAUUGUUAAAGUAUUAGUUGGUCAAAUGGUCAUAUUAAACGCAGGCAUGGCUCUUAGGCCUGAAGAAGAGACAAUAAAAAAUCAAUUAGAAAUUUUAUAUAAUGAUAUUAAUUCACCAUUAAGAUUCCAAGGAAAGUUAACCGAAAUUGCUACUCUUGUUCGAUUAAAAAAUUCAGAACUAUCAGAAGAUUCAAAAGGUAAUUCAGGUUGUAUUCCACAAGUAGCUGAAGAAAUUAAACACUUUUUAGAACUUCAACAAACUAUGAUAUCCGAAAUGCAAACAGUAGUCAAAGAAGAUUUCAAUGCUAUAAAUUUAAUGAAAGAGUCAUUAAAAAAUGUAAGAUAGUUUAUUAAAUAAUUAUGUAUUGUUCAAUAA